UCUAACACAGCUGGGACACUGGUUUAUUGCACAGCGACGUUGCGAACAUAACAAUGAUUGGGAGCCGUGAUAAUUGAAUUCUUCUGGCUCACCAUUAUUCGCCUCGACAUGUAGUAAGCUAUCCUAGAUGUGCAAAAAAUCAGUGUCGACGGAUUGAUUGUUUACUUCCCCUACGAUUACAUUUACCCGGAACAGUAUGCGUACAUGUUGGAACUCAAACGAGGUCUCGAUGCUAGAGGUCAUUGUCUCUUGGAAAUGCCUUCGGGUACUGGAAAAACGGUGACACUGCUGUCACUGAUUGUGGCUUACAUGUUGCAAAACCCCUUGAAGAUAACUAAAUUAAUAUAUUGCUCACGUACAGUACCAGAGAUAGAGAAAGUCAUAGAAGAGUUAAAAAAUCUUAUAGAAUACUAUGAGAAAGAGGAUGGAUUAAAGCCAAAAAUUGUUGGAUUAGUGCUGAGCUCUAGGAAAAACAUGUGCAUACAUCCAGAAAUAAGCAGGGAACGUGAAGGAAAAAUUGUUGACGGUCGAUGUCAUUCCCUCACUGCCUCAUAUAUAAGAGAAAGGCAUAAUUACGAUGAAUCGACUCCAGUUUGCAGCUUCUAUGAGGGAUUCGAUUUAGAGGGACGUGAACAAAUCGUACCUGCUGGAAUUUAUUCCCUUGAUGACUUGAAAGAGUAUGGAAGAGAUAGGAAUUGGUGUCCAUAUUUUUUGGCGAGAUUUACGAUACUACAAGCUCACAUCGUUGUAUACAGUUACCACUAUCUUCUCGAUCCCAAAAUCGCGGAAACUGUGUCUAAAGAAUUGAGUAAAACAUCUGUUGUGGUUUUUGACGAGGCACACAACAUCGACAACGUAUGCAUAGACUCAAUGAGCGUAAAAAUUAACAAAAGAAUAGUUGAAAAAAGCACGGCAAAUAUACAAAUUUUGGAGAAAACCGUCGCUGAGAUGAGAGAAGACGAUGUGAAUAAAUUAAAAGAGGAAUACAGUAGAUUGGUCGAAGGCCUCAAAGAUGCCCAAACGGCAAGAGAAACUGACAUUAUUUUGUCCAACCCAAUUUUGCCAGAUGAAGUACUUCAAGAGGUUGUUCCUGGCAACAUAAGAAAUGCCGAACACUUUGUUGGAUUCUUGAAGCGGUUUGUAGAGUACUUAAAAACGAGGCUCAGAGUGCAGCACGUAAUGCAAGAAUCGCCAGCUGGAUUUUUACGAGACAUCCAGUCUAAAGUUUGCAUCGAAAGAAAACCCCUGAGGUUUUGUGCGGAGAGAUUAUCAUCCCUUUUGCGAACAAUGGAAAUAAGUGACGUCACAGAUUUUUCACCUCUGAUUUUGGUGACUCAUCUUGCCACUCUUGUAUCCACGUACACAAAAGGUUUUACCAUCAUAGUCGAACCAUUCGAUGAUAAAACACCAACGGUUCUAAACCCGAUUCUACAUUUUAGCUGUCUCGAUUGCUCCAUUGCUAUGAAACCAAUAUUUGACAGAUUUCAGUCGGUCAUUAUCACCUCGGGAACACUUUCGCCCUUGGACAUGUAUCCAAAGAUCUUAGAUUUCCAUCCUGUAAUCAUGUCAUCGUUUACCAUGACUCUUGCAAGGCCUUGCUUGUUACCAAUGAUCGUUGCCAAAGGUAAUGAUCAGGUAGCGAUAUCGUCUAAAUUUGAAACUAGAGAGGAUGUCGCUGUAAUAAGAAAUUACGGACAAUUAUUGGUAGAAUUUUCAGCGGCUGUACCAGACGGUAUAGUCUGUUUUUUCACCUCCUAUUCAUACAUGGAAUCUGUGGUUGCUGCAUGGUACGAUCAAGGAGUGGUAGACCAACUCCAGAGGCACAAAUUACUCUUCAUCGAGACACAGGACUCUGCAGAGACAAGUUUGGCUUUGAUGAACUACAUAAAAGCAUGCGAAAAUGGACGGGGAGCUGUUCUAUUAUCCGUAGCUCGAGGCAAAGUCUCGGAGGGGGUUGAUUUUGACCAUCAUUUAGGAAGAGCUGUUCUUAUGUUCGGUAUACCUUACGUUUACACACAGUCCCGGAUCCUGAAAGCAAGACUUGAGUAUCUACGAGAUCAGUUUCAAAUAAGGGAAAAUGAUUUCCUAACAUUUGAUGCAAUGCGGCAUGCCGCGCAGUGCGUUGGCCGAGCCAUAAGAGGCAAAACUGACUAUGGUAUUAUGGUGUUCGCGGACAAGCGGUUUUCAAGAGCGGACAAAAGAAGUAAAUUGCCCAAAUGGAUUCAAGAACACCUUACAGAUAGUCUUUGCAAUUUAUCAACAGAAGAAGCAAUACAGAUAAGCAAAAGAUGGUUGCGACAAAUGGCGCAGCCAUUUACAAGGGAAGAUCAGCUCGGAUUGUCUCUUCUUACUAGAGAACAAUUAGAAAAGGAAGAAGCCAGCAAAUUUGAGAAACAAGCACAACAAAAUUAAAAUAUUGCCUCACUCUUAGAGAUCCAAGAGUAUAGAGUUAGAGGAAUAUCGGGUAAGAUUCCAAUUCUAUCACUAUUCGAUAACUGGUUGAUAAAGACGUCUUAUGAAAGGUGCCUUUAUUAUUUACGUAUUUUGCUUUUCGGUUUUUCCUUACACACUUUGUAUAUUAAGGAAAUAAUAAACCUUGUUUGAUAAGAAAAUGAAUGAAAAAUAAUGAAAAGAACUGAAAUCGUAGUUACUUGUGGAUAAUUAAAAUUCUACUCGUCUUUAUAAAUACCUCAGUCAUAUUUUGUUAUGAAUAUCGGUCUGGUGCCUUAUGAACAUUGAGUUCAAAAUAUUUACGUUUUUUGGUUUA